AUGCGUGAGAUAGUGCAUUGGCUGCAAUGGAGGCAAGAUACAGAUACACCAAAGAUAACUGGUCGAUCAUUUCCGCCAGCGAUAUGCAUUCAGAUUGUUCUUCCAGAGGAUACACUCCCGGCGAAAUCGUGCGGAGAGCCUGCGGUGCGGCAUAGCGGUGAUGAAAUUCGAGGCCAUUUAGAGGUUACCACCUGUGGUACAUUCAAUUUCGAAGUCACUCUUGCUUUUGAAGGUGUCGUUCGAACAUGGCUUGGGCUCCAAAACGAUGGCGACCCUAGUCAUCUUCCACCGUCAGCUGAGUUACAAUUCUUACAAGAGACCCAAAAACUGUUUUCAGACUCAUCGAUCAGAAUCAUCGAAGGCCCAUUCUGCAAACAUCGAUUACCAUUUCGAUUCAUCGUCCCCCACCAACUCAUUUCCGCUCAUUCAGACGUCCAUUCCGAUUUCCUGAAACUAUCUCCUUCAACCAAACAAGGACACGAAUUCUGGGCUCCAACAACCAAGAAGAUGUUUCGGCAGCCGAUGAUCGUCUAUAUGGUCCGCAUCAAGCGCAUUACUACGGAUAAAGUUGUAGAGAACUUCAUGCGGUCGACUUAUCAGCGUGAAAUAGCCGUCAUGCCCCAUACGCCUCUAGCUCCGCCUCUUUCAAUAGAGGCGUUUCCAAGAGAAUACAAGCCCUGUGUAACGAGACUGGUGAGGCAGCACAGGUGGACACGACCCUUUGGAUCCAUAAGACUGUCAGCCGCAGAGCCUCCACCGUUAAAUGUCUUAGCUUCGAGAUAUAUUCCAUCAACGACGGCAACCUUAAGUCUUGCUUUUAUAGCAAACAGGCUCCAUGACUCGGAUAUACGACCAUGCGAAGAAUGGAACUGUGAGGUGCGGUACUACUUACGGAUCAGAACUUUUUACUCGACGCGCAAAAUGCAGCAGAUGCCAACCUUCUCGGCGACGAAAAGGGAUCCAUAUCUGGAAGUCCGAGAAAUUAGGACGACUCUAGAAAUCCGAGAAUACUCUGGACUAUGUUGGAGUAAGGACGACAGGUAUCAAUGGAAAGCCACUCUCAAGGUUCCCAUAAGGACGAUCAAGAAACUGUUGCCGACAUUUCUUAAUCAGUUGUCAGCGCGGCAGUAUGCUAUAGUGGUUCAGUUGAGCAUCAAGGGACUUGUUCAUGGGGUGCUGGAGCUGGUACUGCCGCUGCAGGUUGUUUAUUACCCGGGGGGAGAGGAGCUUGGGGACGGAGCUGAGGAUGGUGAUGAUCUAUCUCCUCCCCGGCAAGAGUUCAUGGCAUCUAAUGUUGACUUAUUGCCUCCUCCAUACGAGUUAUAA